CCCUUCAACUACCCCCACUCUCUCUUUCUUUUCCUUCGUCUCCUUCUAAAAGGAAAUAAGAACCCUACAAAUUUCCAGUUUGAUGGGUAUUGAUGAUGUGUGUAAUACAGGCCUUGUUCUUCGGUUAGGCCUUUUAUCGUCCCUUGGAACUCCAUCCAAGGCCAACGAUCAAACUCCCAAGAAAUCAUCAUGUUUUGAAUUACCAUCGUUAACGUUGGGGCUUUCUGGUGAGAGAUACCAUGUUAAUAACAAUAGCAAAGAGAUUGAUGAUGUGAACAGAGGUGGUGCUUAUGGUUAUCUUCAUCAGCAGGAGGUUUCUGCCGUCGCCGCCGUCGGUGGCGGUUUGUAUCGACAGGCUUCUCCUCACAGUGCUGUUUCUUCAUUUUCUAGUAGUAGUGGUAGGGUGAAGAGGGAAAGAGACGUUGGCAGUGAAGAAGUGGAUGUAGAGAAGAAUUCCUCUAGAGUCAGCGAAGAAGAUGAAGAUGGUGUUAAUGCAAGAAAGAAACUCAGGCUCACCAAACAACAAUCAGCUCUGCUGGAAGAAAGCUUCAAACAGCACAGCACCCUCAAUCCUAAGCAAAAGCUAGCUUUGGCAAAGCAAUUAAACCUGAGGCCUAGGCAAGUUGAAGUAUGGUUCCAGAACAGAAGAGCCAGGACAAAGCUCAAGCAAACUGAGGUGGAUUGUGAGUUGUUGAAGAAGUGUUAUGAGACACUGACAGAUGAAAACAAGAGACUGCAAAAAGAGCUACAAGAACUGAAACUGGCUCAGCCCUUUUACAUGCACAUGCCGGCGGCUACUCUCACCCUGUGUCCAUCUUGUGAAAGAAUUGGCGAUGGAAGUUCCAAUAACCCAUUUUCAGUAUUGGCCUCAAACCCUCAUUUCUGUGCUCCCUUCACCAAUCCUUCUGCAGCAUGUUAAUUUAAAUUAGUGGACAAAGAGAGGAAAACAAUAGACUCUCGUAAAUGAGUGGAUUUCAACUGGAGAAAAACAACAAUUUCUUUUCCACUGAGAUGCUAAUCAAUCUC